AGAGUUGAACUUAAAGUUAAUAUAUUUGUUUCGACUACAGAGGAUAACUCAGAGGAUGACCCAGAAGUUGACUCAGAAGAUGAUCUAUUUAUAGAGGAUGUACAAAAUCAUCAUUAUUUAAGUUUGUAG